AUGGGUCUCUUUGCUGGACACGGAGCCCUCGACCAGGCCGAACUGGAUAAUUUCGGCGUCGAUUGGGUCAUCCACUACUCGUUCGAGGAUGUCGAGCUCUCCCAGGCGAUUCAAGAGUUUCGUACUUUAAUCCACGACCUUCAAGAAGCGCAUCUCCAGGUUCAAGUCCGUCAUGGCUAUGGCGCCUCCCUACUCGUCUGCAUUCGUGUUCCACCUGAUCUGUUAGGCAACCUGGUACACAAAUCUCGUGUCAAGGACUGGCUCCAUGGAAUCAUCCACGAAUUCCCUGAGGGCGGAGACGAGGGCGAAACUGACGCCGACACUCCUGCGGAGGCCCUCAGAUCUGUUUACCAUGCGGUGACAUGGCAAAAGCAUCUUGGAGGCGCUGGAAUUACCCCCAAGGUGGGCCAAUGGAAGAAUAUUACGGCGGCUAUUCCUCUGCAUGACCGCUCCGCCAACGCGGAGCUGCUCCGGAAAUGGAGUCGGACUAUUUUCUUGACGGCCGAGGAUCUUGACGCCAUUCGCGCAUUGUAUGGCGAGAAGGUUGCUUUCUACUUUGCCUUCAUCCAUUGCUAUUCCUGUUUCUUGAUCUUUCCGGCCGUCUGGGGCAUCUUCUCAUGGUUUUACCUGGGCCCCUAUUCGAUUACGUGUGCGGUGGUGACUUGCAUCUGGGGGAUCGUGUUUAUCGAAUACUGGAAAACCCGCGAGCUCGAUCUGAGCUUGCGCUGGAACGUCAAGGACGUAGGAUUCCUAAAGGUGAACCGACCAGAAUGGGUUUGGGACCGAGAAUUCCAAAACCCGCACACCGGCGAGACCAUCCGCGUGUUUUCGGCUCAUAGGCAGUUUGCUCGCCAACUCCUGAUGAUCCCCUUUGCGACCGUGGCGAGCUUGGCAUUGGGGAGCCUGAUCAUCCUAUCAUUUGCUCUGGAAAUCUUGGUCUCGGAAGUAUACAAUGGCCCAAUGAAGGCUUACCUGGAGUUUCUGCCGACCGUUCUGUUUUCGCUCUCCUUGCCCUCCAUCACCAAUAUCCUGACGGAGUUUGCGAAGCGCUUGACCGACUACGAGAACUACCGCACGCAGGAUCAAUACGACCUGGCACAGACGGCCAAGACAUUUGUGAUGCACUUUAUUACGGCCUUUUUGCCCACGCUACUUACCGCAUUUGUGUACGUCCCGUUUGGAAGCAGGAUUGCUCCCUAUCUUGACACUCUGCGCUCUUACGGGCUCCUUUCUGCCAAUCUUGCCCGCGAAAUCCACAUCGACACUUCCCGACUGCAACAGGAAGUGAUCUAUCUAUCCGCGACCGCUCAGAUCCUGAACUUCGGCGAGGAAAUUGUGCUUCCCUAUGUCAAGCAAACCUUGAUGCACAAGUGGCGCGACUGGCGCGAAGGUCGGGACUCUUCGCGUCCUCGCGGCUACUCUCAGAGAACGGACCAACUCCUAGUGGACGCUCCGGAAGAAGCUGGUUUCCUUUCUCGUGUCCGUGACGAAAUCGACGCGGACGAAUACGACGUUCAUGAAGAUAUUCUCGAGAUGUGCGUGCAGUUCGGCUCUCUCGCUCUCUUUGGGGUUGCAUGGCCUUUGGUGUCACUGGGCUUCCUGGCCAACAACUGGCUGGAACUACGGGGCGACUUCUUCAAAUUGAGCUUGGAGUGCCAAAGACCUGCCCCCAUCCGCGCCGACUCGAUCGGACCAUCUCUCCUGGGUCUAGAAGUUCUCAGCUGGCUCGGUACCUUGUCCACAGCUGCCAUCGUGUACCUCUACCGCGCUGGUCUCCAGGAAGUUAACAUGUCGUCCCUUCUUCUUACCCUUCUCCUUGCCGAAUGGGCCUACGUUGGCGUUCGCUUCAUCGUGCGGAGCGGACUUGAAAGAAUUAGCUUCAUAUCCCUUCGUCGCGAGGAGUCGAAGCGAUACGCCAUGCGCAAACGCUUCUUGGAAGCCACCUCGGGCCGGGUGUCCCCUCGGGCUAAACCGCGGGUUCGGUUCCAGGACCGGGUUAGCGUUUUCUCCUCGUCCACUGAUGUCCCUGGUACUAAGGAAGACUUCCUGCAUCCAGGGCAUCACCAUGAAAUGGGCCGCGGAGGACGGUUCUGGUCGUGGGCUCCCAAUGAGACAGCGGACGCAGGCGUUCGGCUGAUCAAGGCCCUGAACACUAACAUGGAUGGUUCGAAGACCGGGCCUGUAAAGGGCGCCAAGGGCGCUUGA